UCCUGGUCGGGGUGUGUACUCCAACAGUUAAACACGUCGCAAAAUAAAAAAUCGAAACAGGGGGAAACACCUUACAGUAAAACUCAAACCAGUUACCUGGAGCAGGUGUUUAUAAGUAACUCCUCGUAAACAUGGCGCUGGUAACCACGCCCGUGGCAAUAACACUUGUGCUACUUGUGAUCACCUAUCAAAAAGCAGACGGCACGAGCAUCACGUGCAAUGAAAACGGUAUGAGGAGACUUAGAGAGCUAAGCUCGUCUUCUUCUUGGUGUGACAGCUUGUCUCCCAACACUACACUCACCUGGGUCUUAUUUCCACUGUCUGGAACUUCCGUCAGUCUCGGCAGGUGUGACCCCAGCUAUUCUUGUGUGUCACUGCCUUCGAGGGUCACCAGCAUAACUAGAAACAACUACUGGUACAGCAGCAUUUCUUUUAUUGCUACGAGGGAAAUGGCGGGCACGCUGGUGUGCUUAAAACUCUUCAGUAACGGCACCACGUUGUCUGAUAACUGCACCCAAGACAUCGUGUAUCCCUUUCAAUUCGACGAUGUCAGUGUGAUAACAAAUCUCCAGGACUGGACGCUAACUGCUGUGUUUUCAACUCAAAAGGUUUUCUCUGCGAUGGACCUUUAUUAUGUUGACAUAAAAGAGUACUCUACACAGAUGCAUGAAUCCGGACAAUAUCAAUAUUUUUCCCGACUACCACCUGUCGUGUCUAAAACUUCAUUUCAACCAUACACUGACGGGCAGACAUACUACAGGGGGACGUUGGCUGUCACGUGGUCUUUUCCGAGCAAGGGUGGUAACUAUUAUUACACUGGCGACAUUGUCCCUGAUGGACCGACGAAUAUGAGAAUUCAUCCCAAGAUUAGAGGUUCCAUUAAAAUAUCAGAACCCUCGCCACCCAGCACAAACUGUCGCCUGACCUAUGUACCGGAAGUGGGUCCCAUCAACUGUCAGUGCAGCACUACGUCGCUUGGGACGCCCCCCGGCCGACUGAUGUGGCUUGUAGGAAAUGACGUCAUAGCAUCUGGUCAGAAUGGCGUCACACAGCUGCAGUUUCCCACGAACCGCGUGAACCGUACGCACGAUGGCCUGCAAGUCACGUGUCAGCUGGACUGGGUGGUCAAGCAGCACGUGGUCGUGACGGACAACGUAGCCUAUGGUCCAAAAGAUGUGAGCAUCCAGGUGGAGUCGGAAAACUGCUUGGUCAUGGCGACCUGCAGUGUGGACGACAUCAAACCCUUCACAUCUGGCAUGAUGCAGUGGGGUGGACUGUGUCAAGGUCAGCGAGGUGCCGUGUGCACGUUUAGAUCACGUGGCGCGGAGGAUGACGGGAAGGAGGUCACGUGCACGGUCACGAAUCCCUUCAAUAACGGCCACAACAUUAAAGCCACUGCGAGGGUCACAGUCUCAGACUGUUUGGACAAAAUGGCGCGGAACACCAUGGCGCAGAGUGUUGGCACCAGUGUCGGUGUCACCGUUGGUGUGUUGGUGCUACUGGUGUGUUCUGUGCUGGUCGUCCUGUGGAUUUGCAGACGUCGUGCAACAGGUGGACCUAAACAAAAGUCAGUUGUCAGAUUCCCAAGAGCACUACUACGCAGGUCUAUUCCAGACCUCAGGAAGGGAGAUAAUUCAAAGUAACGUGGAAGACAACGCGCCUCACCCUGGUUCUGACACUAGCUACUAUCAAAAUGUUCAACUUCCUUAAGUUAAUGUUUAAAUAUAUUAUUGUUUCAUCCAACACCAACACAUAACAACAUAUUUUUUGUAGUCUAGAUUUUGUGUAUAAAUAUAUUGUUUGCUCAACUUUAACUUAUGAAUAGCAGACCAAGAUAGCUAGAGAAGAUAAAAGACCAGAAAAACAUUGUAUUUUUCGACCCACCCAUUAAAUCACCGUAUCACUGUAUUCUUUCAUUUCUUUUUAAUAUUUAUCUAAAAAUAUACCGAAGUUUACAUUGUGACUCGGCGCAGUGGCAGUGGUGCCAUUCCGCCUAGAAGAAAUUUUGUACUAUAAGGCUAAAGAGGGAGGAGAGAGGAAACCUACAUAGGAAUCCCCCCGACAGCUAGCCCUGCAAACAGAGAAGACCGCUUUAUAAACUGUUAGAAAGCUGGAUUAUUAUGAGUGUUGUACAUACUAUGCAGGUUUUUCUGUUACAGUGAGGACAUAAUUGUAUUCUUUUGGAUUUGAUGUACAGAAAAGUCGCGUUUUAUUCAAUCAGCAUUGUUUUAGAUUGUGAUAAAUAAUUAAUUUGAGACUCUUCCUGAUUUAUGCUUAUUAGUCAUUGGAGAAAGAAAAGAAAGAACUAAUUGAGAACAUUGGAGCUUUAAAUUACCAAAUGUGUUAAAGCC